UAAUAAUAAUAAAAAGUCUAAUAUUUAUUGGAUAAUUGAAAAUUUUUAUUUUAAGUACUAAAGUAUUGCUUUAUUGAGCAAUGAAGAUAUGGCAUUAAAAAAGGUAAUUUCCAGCGACCGUUUUACAAUUUUAACAGUGUAAGCAGUUUCAAAUUUUUCAAAAUAUAUAUAAAUCUAAAGAAAAAGACAUAUAUAAAUAUGUUAUGAAAAUAAAGGUUAAACAUUUUAAACUUAGAUUUUGUUGCUUUUUCAAUUUUUUUUUUUUUAAACCCGAAUAAGAAACUAACCUAACCUAUAAAUGUCAGCUGUCACUUUAUUGCAACAAUAUGUAUAUACACACAAAGAAAAUGGUGUUACGAACACAGCAGAAGGAGUGUGUAUAGAUGUAUAGAUUGUCAGUGAAUGUCAUACAACGGAAGCAAGCGGAAGAGAAAGAAAAACCUUUGUAGCCGUAAUUUGGAACGAACGAUAGUGAGAAAAAUUAUUGCUCCAGAAACAUUCAGAAAUUUGAAACAUCAUGGAAGUUCUCGAUGCAAGUGUUUCAGAAGAUCAAAAUGAUGAUCUUCGUGAAAAAGUGGAUUAUAGAGACAAAACUGGAUUGAUUCCAGCAGAAAUUCCUGAAGAUAUUCGAUCAUGUGUCAAAGCAAGAUACACUUUGGGAUUUUUAGGUUUUUUAGGGUUUGCAUUGGUUUACGCCAUGAGAGUUAAUUUGUCUGUUGCAAUUGUCUCAAUGGUUAAUCAAACUGCAAUUCCACAUUCCAAUGAUAAUGACACAUCUGAUGUUUGUCCCUUUAACCCCAUUACAAAUGGUUCAAUAAUUCCACCACCUAGUCCUGGAGAAUUUGCCUGGGACGAAAGAACGCAGGGUAUAAUUUUAGGCGCAUUUUUCAUUGGCUAUGUAACGACAAACGUUCCAGGCGGAAGAAUGGCGGAGAAAAUUGGUGGAAAAUUGGUUUUUGGUUUGGGAGUGUUUUUAACUGCAAUAUUAACUGUUGUCAGUCCAUUUGCUGCAUAUUGGGGAUUAUAUCCAUUUUUAGCAGUUAGAAUUGCCGAAGGUUUCACUGAGGGUGUUACAUUUCCCGCGAUGCACAGUAUGUUGGCUCACUGGGUUCCACCUUUAGAACGAAGCAAAUUUGCAGCAAUUGUUUACGCAGGAUCCAAUUUUGGAACGAUUAUUUCACUGCCAUUGAGCGGAUGGCUUUGUUCUUUGGAAUUUUGGGGCGGUUGGCCUUUAGCAUUCUAUUUGUUUGGUGGUCUUGGAAUUGUUUGGUAUGUUUUUUGGCUGUUUUUCAUCUAUGAUUCGCCGGCUGUUCAUCCACGAAUCGAUCCCAAGGAGAAGGCUUACAUUGAAGCUUGUGUUGAACCGAAAGACGAUGAUGACAAUGGAGUGCCUUGGGGUUCGAUUUUCACAUCACUACCAGUGUGGGCGAUAAUGAUAACGCAAUGCGGACAAUCAUGGGCAUUCUAUAUUCUUCUCACGGAAUUGCCAACUUUUAUGGAUAGAAUUUUACACAUGAACAUGCAAAAGGAUAUGUUACUUGCGGCUCUACCAUAUUUAACGGCAUGGAUAUUAGGUUUAGUAAUUUCAACAUUUGCCGAUGCUUUAUUGGCGCGACGACUUAUCAGUCCUUUGACGUCGUUUAAAUUAUGGAAUACUAUUGGAUCAUUGGGUCCUAGUCUUAGUUUUAUUGGUGUUAUUUGGGCAGUUUGCGAUCGUUUUGCCGUGAUGGUCAUGCUGGCAGGAUUAGGCUCACUCUAUGGUGCAAUUUAUGCUGGAAAUCAAAUGAAUCACAUUGCCCUCGCGCCAAAAUUCGCAGGAACACUUUAUGGCUUGACAAAUGCUGCUGCAAAUGUUUGUGGAUUCUUGGCUCCCUAUAUUGUUGGAACUAUCGUUGAGGGACAUGAGACUUUGGCUCGAUGGCAUACAGUAUUUUGGUUAGCCGCUGGAAUAAAUAUGUCAGCAAGUUGCUUUUAUCUUUUGUUUGCCUCAGCGAGUGAACAACCAUGGAGUCGUGGUCGCAGAUGAUGACAACAAAAUUCCAAUAGACAAACUCUCAUUGUGGAGAAUGGUUUACCGCUUGAUCGACUCGCUCUCAGUACCUUUUAGCAAAACUGAUGUGAAAGAAAGUCUCAAUUGAAUUUUUCCGAGAGAACUCAUUUACUAUGCGUAGAUUAAAAAAAAAAAAAGGAAAAAUUCAAUGGAGACCUUACUUUCACACUCAUUAUGAUAAAAUUCUAAUUUUAUUUUCUUUUUUUUUCUUUUUUUUUUUUUUUGAAAAAAAAAGAGAAAACAAUCAACGUAGCACAAAUUUUUUAAUAUAUAUAUAUAUAUCUUUUUCUUUUUAUAAAAUCUGAAAUUUUUAUUUUUAAGAGGAUUGCAAUAGACAUUCCAUCUCUAUUUAGUUUUAUAAAUAAACCAAAUUAUGAUAUAUUAAACUAUAUAGAAUUCGAAAUGCAAUGCAUCUCGAAAAAUUGCUUGUCUGUGAUCAGUUAUCUGUUUUUAUUAAAGAGAUUUUUCAAAUAUCGCGUAAAUUAUCUGGUGCUUCAAAAUAUAAAAAUAUUAAAAAAAAAAUUAUAUUUACUGUAAAAAAAUCUUCCAGGUAUGAGAAUUUUUACAUUAAUGAGAAAAAAAGUAUUUUAUUUUAUCUUUAAAAUAUUUUGUUUUUUUUUUUUUUUUUGUAAUUUUGCAGCAAAGUUAAAAUAUCAAAAGUGCUUUUAGUUGUAAAAAUUAUACAACUAAAUGUUUCUUAGCAGAAGAAAAUAAUUUUUCUCUUAAUGUAAAUUAUAAAAGACUUCUUUUUGAAAAUAUAUUUAUUCACAUUUAAUAAAGAAAUAAAAAAGAAACAAAAGACCUUGAAAAUAUUCAUCGAGGCCUUGAUUGAUAUUUAGAGCAUUUAUAUUAUAGAAAAGUCUAUUGUUAGAAUUUCAUAUCAGAAAAUUGUAUUUGUCUAUAAAGCAAAUAAAAGCUUUCUUCCGUUAUUCUUUAUAAUGUCGAUGAUAAUAAUAACAAUAAUAAUAAUAAUCUAAAAUGCCUAAAUUUGAGGCGUUAACGAACAAUGGAAGUAGAAAAUAAUUAGAGCAGAAUGUGAAAUUCUCAGGUGUUCGUACAAAGUUUUCUGCAUAUUAUGAAUUAUGUAAAUGGAAUUGUAGGAAAAUUUUUUUUUGCUCCAAAUCAAUUGCAAUAUUUGCAAAAUUUCACUAUUAUUUUUUCACUGCAGUUACCAAAAACAGAUAUUUAAUUAAACGUUAGAAAAUUUAUUGUAAAUGUUUAUUUAAUUAUAAAUGGUGAAAUUUUGCGAAUAUACAAUUUUUUUGAAGAUCAAUAUUAAUAAUUGUGUAUUAUAUUAUUUGUUAAUGAUUAUAUAAAUUUUUAAUGAUUAUUACCUGUUUCUUUAAUUUAUUAAUUAAAUGAAAUUUUAAAAAAUCAUUAAAAAUAUAUAAUAAUUACAUAUAAUAUGAUACUUAUUAAUAUUAUUUUACAAUCAAUUGUAAUAUGAACAUAGUUUAAACAGAAUAAUAAUCAAAAAAAUUAUUGUAAAGGUGCAAUGUUGAUAAAAGAGUAGCGAUCUUGUUGGAAACUUUUUUGUUUUCCAUUUAUUAUAUUUGUUAAUUUAGACAGAAUUUU